AUGGCCAAUGGAGAAGCGCCUUCCUCCAACGGCUACAUGCAAGCGGCCGCCGCUCCUCCCGCUCCUCCCGCUCCCCGACCCAAGCUCCCCUCUUCCACACCCUCCACAUCGGCUAAAGCGCAGCUUUCUUCCGCUAAGUCGCAGCCUGCUUCCGCCAAAGCGCAGCCUGCUUCCGCCAAAGCGCAGCCUGCUUCCGCCAAAGCGCAGCCUGCUUCCGCCAAAGCGCAGCCUGCUUCCGCCAAAGCGCAACUUGCUUCCGCCAAAACGCAUUCUGCAUCGGGCAAGGCGCAAGCUUCCCCCGCCGCCAUCUCAGCCGCCUUCGCGCGUUUACAGCUUAGCGCUCUCUCACAGCCUAAUGUCUUCCCCUCCUCCGCUUCCUCCCCUUCCCCGUUCCCCCCUCGACGCCCCCGCCUCCAGGUUCCCCCCCCCCGCGCCCAGCUCUACCUCCAGUUCCCCACCGAUCAGUUCACCCCCGCGCAGCGCUACCUCAAGAUUGCAGCGUCGCUGCCGGAUAAGACCGCCCAGGUCGUCUCAACUCUCCUCUCCAGGCAAUCAUUUCCCAUCCUGCCUCCCACCCUCCCCCACACACCCCCCCACACCCCCGCACCCCUCCCUCCUCCCUUCCCCGCGCCCCCACCAGGUUCCCCGCGGAUCAGUUCACCCCCGCGCAGUGCUACCUCAAGAUCGCGGCGAGCCUGCCGGAGAAGACCGCCCGGGACGUUCCCUGCGGAUCAGUUCACCCCCGCCCAGCGCUACCUCAAGAUCGCGGCGUCUCUGCCGGAGAAGACCGCUCGGGACGUCUCAAUUCUCCCCCCCUCUUCCCCCCCCCCUUCCCCCACGUCCCCCACCAGGUUCCCUGCGGAUCAGUUCACCCCCGCCCAGCGCUACCUUAAGAUCGCGACGUCUCUGCCGGAGAAGACCGCCCGGGACGUGGCUCUGCGCUGCAAAUGGCUGCAGAGGAAGGAGAUGGGCAAGAGGCGGAGGGCGGAGGAGAUCACAGCAGCCAAGAAGCCCAAGGACAAAAAGGACAAGGACCAGCAGCAGCGAAUGCAGACAGCAGCAGCAGGGGAACCCGCAGCAGGAGGAGGGGGAGGAGCAGGGGCAGGGGGGGGAGGGGGGGCAGGGGGAACAGGCGGAAACGCUGCUGGAGGGGGGGCUCUUGCAGGGGGGGCAGGGGGAGUGGCGAGGACAGGGGGACAGGGUAUGGUCAAGACAGAAACAGCAGGUGCUGGGGACGGUGCUGGGGCGAGAGGAGCAGGGGGAGGUGCAUCUGGUACAGGUGUAUCUGGGGCAGCCGCAGCAGGGGGAGGUGGCGGUGAUGGGUGUGGUGCUGCUGACACGCAUACAGAUGGUGCUGACAACAGUGGCAGCUUGCUAUCCGGGGAUCUGUCACCCAACAAGCUACUCGAGCAGAACGUGGGGAUCUGUCACCCGACAAGCUACUCGAGCAGAACGUGGAGCUCAUCUCCCAAGUCAAGCAGACACGUUGAUUCCCACUGCCUCUCCUCUCCAUCCCCCCACCCCGCCCCUCACAGGGGAUCUGUCACCCGACAAGCUACUCGAGCAGAACGUGGAGCUCAUCUCCCAAGUCAAGCAGACACGUUGAUUCCCACUGCCUCUCCUCUCCAUCCCCCCACCCCGCCCCUCACAGGGGAUCUGUCACCCGACAAGCUACUCGAGCAGAACGGGAUCUGUCACCCGACAAGCUACUCGAGCAGAACGUGGAGCUCAUCUCCCAAGUCAAGCAGACACGUUGAUUCCCACUGCCUCUCCUCUCCAUCCCCCCACCCCGCCCCUCACAGGGGAUCUGUCACCCGACAAGCUACUCGAGCAGAACGUGGAGCUCAUCUCCCAAGUCAAGCAGACACGCUGAUUCCCACUGCCUCUCCUCUCCAUCCCCCCACCCCGCCCCUCACAGGGGAUCUGUCACCCGACAAGCUACUCGAGCAACGUGGAGCUCAUCUCCCAAGUCAAGCAGACACGUUGAUUCCCACUGCCUCUCCUCUCCAUCCCCCCACCCCGCCCCUCACAGGGGAUCUGUCACCCGACAAGCUACUCGAGCAACGUGGAGCUCAUCUCCCAAGUCAAGCAGACACGUUGAUUCCCACUGCCUCUCCUCUCCAUCCCCCCACCCCGCCCCUCACAGGGGAUCUGUCACCCGACAAGCUACUCGAGCAGAACGUGGACCUCAUCUCCCAAGUCAAGCAGACACGUUGA